AUGUGUUCAAUUGAAUCAGUACGACCAUCAGCAUCAUCAUCACUUUCAUCGUCAUCGAAUAGAUUAUUAAAUGGAAAAAUAUCAUUAAAAAUGAUUGAAAAACGUUUAAAACAUUUAAGAGAAGAAUUAAGAAAUUUAACUAAACGAGAACUAACUUAUGCUACAAGUAAUCUUCUUAUGGAACAACAAGAUAUCAAUGAAAAUGAUGAUCAUAAUGUGCAAUAUAAAAAACGUUUAAAUCAAUUAUCAAGAUUACAUGAUAAACAAGUAACUAAUUUAAAUCUUUGGCAUUUUUAUCGAACUCAUACAAUUGAACAAAUGUAUAAACAUGAAGUACGUCAAUCCGAUGAAACAUUUCAAAUGAAAAAAAUUGAUUUUAAAUCAAAAUUAAUAUCGAAAUUUAAUGAUAAACGUCGUUAUUUAGAUUAUGAACAUCAAAAUGUUAAUAUUCGUUAUCGUUCUUUAUCAAAUAAUGAUCAAUUUAUGCUUAAUAGAUUGAAUGAUAUUAAUGAUGUUAUUCCAUCUGAUGGACAAAAUCAUCAUUCAAAUGAAUCUAUUCAACAACAGCAACAACAACGUCCAACAUAUAAUCUAAGACGAGCAGCCGCCAAUGAUUUAAAUUCUGAAAAUGCAUUAACAACACCAGCAGCAUCAUUAAAAGAUCUAUCAAUAUUUAGUCGAAGUAAUUCUUUAUUACCACCAUUUGGUGGUAUUGAAUUACAACGUUGUUUAUCGAGUAAUGAUAUUGAACAAGAUAUUGUAAAUGUUCAAAAAGAUUUGUGUCAUAUUGAAACAAUAAUAGAAAAAAGCAAAAUUGAUGAUCUAUCAACAAAAAAAUCUCUUAUCGAUGUUCGUAUUGAAGAUGGACGUUUAUGGUAUCAACGUUCAUGGUUUUCACGUAAUUCACCAAUACUUUUAGUUUUUGAUGAUCUUGAAAUUGUUCCUGCACUUGUAUUAACAGUUGGUCGAAAUGAUUUACUUAUACGUCGUUCAGGAACAAAUAUCAAACAUCGUGUUAGUCUUUCACUUUUACAUGAUGGUCAUUUAGCAAUUCGUAAACGAAAUUGCAUGUUUUAA